AUGAAGCCUGAAAAGUACGCCUCCUUGGUCUUCACGGCCUUACUGGGGGCUGCGGGUGUUGCGGCUCAGCAGCAGCGACCCAUCAACCCUGCAAACCCGCCACCAGGCAGCGGUAGUGGUGGUGCUGGAGGCGGAGGCGGAGGUGCUCCCAUCAAUCCUGUCAGCCCUCCGCCAGGCAGUGGUGCACCCGGAGCUCUAUCAGCCCUGGCAACCCGCCGCCGGCUCCCGGAACUGGUCCUCCAGGAGGCGGUGGAGGUGGUGCACCCGGUCUCGUGUCCUACCAGUGACGGGUCUGUAUGGGAGUCAUACGAUGGCACAUGGUACUAUUUACAAUGUUGCACAGCUGCCAAUGCGCAGGCUCUCUCCCUUGACCUUCCUCAGGUUCACACUUAUGAGGACUGUAUUGAUCAAUGUUCGGGUGUGCCAAACUGCCAGGCUGCUACCUUUGAUCCCUCGAUUGACCAAUGCGUGCUCUACGACUUUGGCGUGUUUUCGCAGACGGCGCAUAGUGUCCAGCUUUAUGCCUUCGCCACCGACCCUCCUGUAACGCAGACGCCUAGCUUGACAUCCCGCCUUUGCUCUACGAGCUGUCCCGGAGCAAAUGGCCAAAUCUACGUUAGUUCGCACGGUCAGACAUUCCGUAUGGACUGCAAGAAGCGCCAUGGAACACAGGUCCUCUCCAAGGACGUGCUUUUGUCGCUGGAAGAAUGCAUGGAAUUGUGCUCGGCCGCUCCUUCCUGCAGCAGCGUCGACUUCGAUGAGAAGAGGGGUAUCUGCUACCAGAGCAUCAACGACGGACCACCAGCUCUCAACGCACCCACAUUCGCCAGUGCCCACGCCGUGGGAUGCUCCGGCGCCUGCGAGGGCUGCGGCAAUGGAUGCUCCAAACCAGCGCAACAGCAGGUCGAUGAUCCGAACCAGUGCAUCAAUGACAACGCCGUCGUCUACCGUGGUGGAAUGCCUUUCAGAGUCAGAUGCAACCACUGCAACAUGAGCCAGUCUGGCGACUUACGAACCAAUAUCAAAACCCAUGAUGAGUGCAUGGAGGCCUUUGUGGCCGAAGAGAGCCAAUACGAUGCUGCCGAUUGGGUCACUGGCCAAGGUUGCUAUUUGAAACCCGAGCCAAUCUCUUCCAUCGACCCAAAUACAGGAUGCCCCGCCACAUUCUUCCCGCUGUGGAAGUAA